UGUGUCUGUAGCUCUCUCUACUCGUGGGACAGCCGUUUUCUUGAGGAAGAGGUGUUUCGGGAUUGGAUGUCUUCUCUUCUUCGGCUGGCAGUAGUCAUCUUGGGAGAAGUGAGCACUGCAGACCCGAUGGUCUGCAAGGCGCAGUGUCUGAACAGGAGUGUUAGCAUCCAUUUGUAGCACAACUAGCCACAACUUCAGCAUCUCGCCGUCCGACAAAGGCAGCCUAUGAAAGCUGUACGGGGUGUUGCACGACAUCCUGUUCUUGCAAUUCGGAUAAGCACAAACACGAACCAUUGUUUCCAAUCGAUGCAGUAAAACUCUCAGCUGUACUCUGGGACAAGCAGCGCCACUCUGAGACAGCAUGGCUCCUCUGUUUUCUUUUUUUCCUUCAAACUUUAUUGGAAAUUGCUGGCACAUACAGAUACGUAUAAAAACAAUACAAGUAUGUUGGUGCAACCUUGAACACAACAUAACGCGAAGGUGCGCUGAACAGACAAAAAUGACAGAUAUAAAACAAAUCACUUACAAUCAAAAGUAAACGAGAAAGUCAUGAGAGGUGAAGAAAACGAAAAAAAAGAGAAAGGGGAAAAAAGGGUGCGAGAGUAUGGGAGUCAGUUCACGUAAACACUUUAUAAGUAGAGCAUAUAUUAAAGGUUUUGAUAGCUUUUUUUGUUCUGUGAUGGGGAGAUCGUUGAUAUAUCCUGUUCCAUUUCUUUUAUAAACACAGAGAAAUUUGUUUUUUUGUUUGGGAAUUUACACUUGUGUAUGUGAAGCCAACAGUAGAAUUAGAUUAAUAAGAAAGAAAGCGUUCUCAUUUUUACUUCUGUAAUCACAACAGCCAAAUAAAACGUUUUUAUAGUAUAAGACAAAAUCUGGGAAAAUACUAGUAAUUAUGAAUUUAUUAAUCUCAUUCCACAGUUCACGAAUAAAUUCACAAAAGCAAAAUAAAUGUGAGCAUGUUUCAGGAAGAGAUUCGCAGAAGGAGCAUUUUACAUCAAUGUCAUUCUUCAAUUUUUGUAAAAAGUGUUUGACUGGAUUGAAUCUGUGGAUCAGCUUAAAUGAAACUUCCUUUACCUUAUUAGUUAGAAGAAACUUCUGUGAUAAAGACCAGACUUUAUUCCAGUUGAUAUUACUCACAAAAUUGCUCCAGUAAAAUGUUGCUGUAGGCACCGAAAUCAAUUCCUCCUGAAACAAGGCUCUUAUUUUAGAAUUUAUACUUCUAUUAAGAGAAAAGCAAACUUUACCCAGUGAAGUUUCUAAUGGAUCAGGGGGUGACAAUGACAGGGGUGGAGAAUGGUCAACAUUCUUAAACAACAUACAAAAACCAGAUGGGAUUGCAUCAAAAACUAUUGAAAAUUCUUUUAGAGUUACAGGUAUAUUGUACCGGGCGAGAAAUUCAGAGUAGUUGUACAGAAGUCCUCUACUAUUAAAUAACUGACUCACUAAAAGAAUACCGUGGUUGAACCGUUUAUCAUAAAAUAGUGACUUAUUUUUGUACAAAAUACUACAGUUGUUCCAAAUACAACAUUUCUGUGGGGAAAAGUUGUGCUUGUAAAUCAGCGCCCAUGCCUCCUCUGUUUUCUUCAACAGAGCAACAAGCAAAGCUCUCGCGAGAUGACGUCACACACAGCCCAGAGGAAGCGCUCUGAACCGGUCAGUGGCGAAAAAAGCACUUUUAAUGCGCAAACUUAUACGGGACGCAUUUGCCCCCAUAUCUACCGUUUUAGCUCGUUUCGCGGCUCCCGGUUGCAUCCGCCUCCCUCAAAACUAAACCAGUUUUAAAAGGAGUUGUACCUAUGAAUCAUACGCACACAUACACAUGGGGAAAUAGGGCCCAGGUUGAAAAAUACCGAAGUUAUCCUUUUAAAGCCGGGACACGCCUUACAACAAACCAAGCGACCCCAGCCACAGAGCCCCGCCCAUUCUGUGUUACCGCCACAGCCACGACCUGCUAGCUUGUUACUGUUGUUAGCAUUGAGGAGCAGCCCACCGAGGAGCUCCAUGCUGCAGCUCACUUGUAGGAAAUAUAAAGCUAUAGCAACAAAAGUUAGUUUCAACAUGUGCUCCGUCGACGGCUGUGACUCGUGGCGUCGCGGUGCGCAACGGUUCAAGUUACCGGAGGAUCCAGAGAGGAGGCUGGAGUGGGUCCAGUUCGUCCUGGAAGUCAACGGUCAACGGCUGAAAGAAUCGUCCUGGACUGAUAUCACCAUCUGCAGACACCAUUUCACUGAGGACUGUUUUAUAAACCAGACUCAAAGCGGGACGGUCCAGCUGAAGCCCAGUGCUCUCCCAUCACUGUGUGUCAAGUCGGAACCAGCAGAACCUGAAGUGAAACAGGUGAGGACUCAGUAUGAGGAGCUUGAAGAACCCCCAGAAGUUGAUUCUCAAUGCGAUCAACAAGAAAAAUGUGAUAGUCCACCACCUCCCUGUUCUGAAGAAUUGGAACAUACAGAAAUAUGUGAUAGUCCACCACCUCCCUGUUCUGAAGAAUCACAAUCAGAGCAUGCUUCAGAAGCUGCCCAACAAAGCCCUGCGCCAAGUGAUGCUCCAGAUCCUGAUUACGGUCAGAUGAUACAAAAAGUUGCAAACAUUGAUAUGAUCAGGAAAAAAGCUGCACUUCUGCAGAUGCAAAGGAAGUUCGUUGUGAACGAAAAACGUCUCCUCCAGUUGUUCAGCCACAAGUGUCCGUUGUGUGGCUCUAAAGUAAAGACGGAGAAGGUCACCUUUGAUGUGGUCAUCAUCUUGAACCAACAGUGCCUCAAGUGUGAGUACAGAAACCAAUGGAAAAGCCAAGUCAAUGCUAAAGUCCCAACAGCUGAAGAGAAACACCUGGUGGAAGUCGUAGAAGUAGACGUAACUCCAGAGACUCAACAGAAAGCGUCAACCGAUGACAACCGCAGCACUAUCACAGGCGUAUCCAAGAUUGUCGCUGUUAUUGAUGAGAGGGACGAUUCCAUGGAUGACACAGAGGAAUCGAGUUAUGAAGAUGCCAUGGAUUCAGAUGAGGAUUGGUAUCCAGAUGACUGGCGUCCAGAGGUGAACAUGCUUUCUGAGGAGAAAAACGAAGAUGAAAAGGGAGAUUCUGAUGAUCAACUUGUUCUUCCCACCAGAUCCAGUGGGCUCUGCGCAGAGUGUGGCAGGUUUUUUUGUAAAAGUAAGCCUCACAUAUGUGAGCACAAAAUUAAACCCUAUGCUUGCAAUAUUUGUGGAAAAAGAUGCGUUAGUGAGGUCGCGUUAAAUUUUCACAGCAGAAUCCACGACGAAAACUAUGAACAUCCUUGCAAAUACUGCCACGCUACAUUCAGGACAAAACUGGAUAAAAUCACCCAUGAACAGAUCCACUCAACUCAAGAAAAACCGUAUAAAUGUCCCGACUGUUCAGAGACAUUCGCCACACAUACGGACCGCAGAAUCCACCUGGCGAAUCACAGACUGUUGAAAUGUCAGGAGGAUUGGAAUCCAGAGGACUGGCGUUCAGAGGCGAACAUGCUUUUUGAGGAGGAAAGCGAAGAUGAAAACGGAGAUUCUGAUGAUCAACUUGUUCUUCCCACCAGAUCCAGUGGGCUCUGCACAGAGUGUGGCAGGUUUUUUCGUAAAAGUAAGCCUCACACGUGUGAGCACAAAAUUAAACCCUAUGCUUGCAAUAUUUGUGGAAAAAGAUGCGUUAGUCAGGUCGCGUUAAAUGUACACAGCAGAGUCCACGACGAAAACUAUGAACAUCCUUGCAAAUACUGCCACGCUACAUUCAGGACAAAAGGGGAUAAAAUCACCCACGAGCAGAUCCACUCAACUCAAGAAAAACCGUAUAAAUGUCCCGAAUGUUCAAAGACAUUCGCCACACAUAAAGUACGCAGAAUCCACCUGGCCAAUCACAGACUGUUGAAAUGUCACAUCUGUGGAAUGGAAUUUACAAGUCGCAUUUCUCUCAGAAGGCACAUGCCCGUACACACGGGAUUGAAACAAUUCCAGUGUUCAGUGUGCCAACGUGGCUUCAAGCAGUCGACCCAUCUGAAAUCCCACAUGCGUCUGCACACAGGAGAGAAGCCUUUUAAGUGUCAGCAUUGUGACAAAUGCUUCACUCACAACGUGAGCUUGAAGAGUCACGUCCAGCGUUACCAUACAUCCAAUUCUGGACCUGAGUGGAAGAAGGGUAAAAGAAACAAAACUGUAAGCGGCGCUGUUGAUGGUCGGGAGAAUGGGAACAAGAGAGUAGCAGAUUCAGGGCUCGACAAUGUAGAAGAACAGGACACAGAGGAGAACGUGCAGAAGAACAGUAAGGCUGUGAUAAAAGCUAAAAAUUACAGGAGCACGGGUAGACCCAUAGGAAGACCUAAGAGAAAUACAGCAGGCCACUUGGUUCUGGCAGGGGAAAUGCAAGGCCAGCGUUUAAACACUAAGACUGCCAAAGCUAAGGCACGGAAGUUAAAGAGAUCACAUAACAGUGAUGAAGAAAGCGAGGACGAGCUGACCCAAAGCGACAUGUCCUUUGACUCAACAGAGGAGGAAGAGGAGAAUAGUGACAAAGUGACUUCAAGCACAAGUAGAUCAAAAAGAAAGGCCAAUAAUGCAGACAGUGACUCUGAUUUUGAUCCAGUAGAAAGACAGAAAAAGAGGUACAGCAGCCAGAGCGGUGGUCACAACUCAGGGAAGCGCAGGGGACGACCAAGAAAGAAUCAAGUUGUUGAAGACACUUAAAAAGACAUUGGAAAAGUUUUUGAGCCCAGAACGGAAAUAGGAAGAGAGAUACAGUUUCGAGUGUCAGACAGAACUGGAAAGGUUUUCAUGAUGCAUUUAAACAAUCUAACUUGAGAAACUAAACUUGAACACUCAGACUGGGAACUUUUCAAACUUCAUUAAGACAUCCUGUCACUUUGAUCUCAAGAUAUGUUUGAAUCCUGUUCACUGAUGUGUAUACCAUGGAAUUAAACUAGGUAAAAUUAGAUUAAACCAAGUUGAGGUUAAGUGCCUGUUUUCUUUUGUUGUGAAUGUUCAAUAAUUCUAUUUGUACUGUAUAUGAAGCUAAUAAAGUGUUUUUAU